AUGGUGAAGUCCUUUAAGGAGUGCAUAAAGCCACUUUGUGAAGGUGCUGUUCACAUUACGUGUGUAGCCCAUACAGUGAACAUUGUUGGCAGCACACUGCAGGCAUCUUUUCCCUUAGUGAACAAGCUUGUCGCUUGUAAGAAGAAGGCCUUCCGCCUGUCGAGUAGAAAGAGAGCUUUCUACAAAUCACAUCUGGAAGAGUGCGGAGUUCAGUGUGCCAAAGCACCGCCAGCACCUGUCCGAAGCAGGUGGAAUUCAUGGAUUGAGGCUGCGGAACAACAUUCUGCCUACUUCGAGCACUAUCCUUCAUUGCUUCAGCAAGUCCACCAGAAGUAUGGUGAAGCAGCGUGUGUUGAUUCUCUUCUGAAACUGCUUAGUGAAGACUCGACUGAGCUCAGGUACAGCAUGCGGUGCAUUGCGGUAUUUGGGAAAAAAGUUUCCAGCUUGCUGAAAGCAGCAGAAGGUGAGCGCGUAGCCUUCCACAAAGCGUACAAUGCAUUGUUUACACUUUGGGGGUUCCUUGAAGCAGCUUCAAAGGAGGAUUUGGCAACACAGCUGAAGAGAGAGAAUGUUGCACGUAAUGAAGCCAAUCAAAUUGAAAGCAAGAUGAAGGCUGCAAUGACCAAAGCGGCUAACAAAGCACAGGUAUACUUGGAGAAGUCCAAUACGUGGCAAUUCUUCAAGUAUGUUAGGUGCUUGGAUCCUCUGCAAGUUUGGUGUCUUCCACAGAUGAGGACAGAGUUGAAAGGUAUGCCUCAGCUUGCAGAAGAAUCACUUGCUCUAGCUGCCGAAUGGCAGAUUUACCUGAAGACUGCACAAGAACUAAAGACCAGUGACAGGGGCCUGGCUCCAUUUGUGUCCAAGCAACAAAAUCCAGGAGCAGACUUCGACAUACUGGCUUUCUGGGCAGGGAUGGAGCAGCUUACUCCAACAAUUUCAUCAAUCCCCUUGAAAUACUUGGCGAUAUCAAUCAACUCUGUUGAUGCAGAGAGAUCAUUCAGUCACUAUGGUGACAUUGUCUCCCACAAUCGUCACUCUUUAAGUGAAGAGAGCACCAAGCACCAUCUGAUGCUGUGCCCCAACAGCUUUCUCCAAUUUUAA